AUGGUCGAGGAGCAGUACCUUGCCCAAGGUCUAACCCAUACGGACGAUCUUUCGGGAGCCAACAACCUGUCCGACGGAGGACCAACAGCCUCCGGAGCACCCCCAGCUUCUGCCUAUCCCGAUUUGACCCCCUACGCAGCAGUCUCUUCUUCCCCUUUCGGCAUUCAAGGCCAGUGCGAUCCGAAUCUCUUGACCCCCAUCUCUGUUGCGGCAUCUCCCCCUUUGCACCAAGCUCGCAAACUGGUGUCUCAGUACCCCCCUCCUCCAAGCACACCAGGGGCUCAGCAGCCCACUCCCCCAGGGAGCACCAAGAUGUAUCACCAACCGCAGUGGCCCCCAUUCGAGAUGAACGGCCAGUCCAGCCAAACCAGCUCGCCCAUGGCUCACCAGGCGGCGGUGGCUCCAGAGUACAUGGAAAACACCUACCUCUCUGACGAACGACGGACUCCGGGGCCUCCUACUCAUUACCUGGGCGCCUUUGGAGUCUCGGAAGGCCCAGAGCCAAACCAAAUGAAUACGCCCUACUACAUGGACAUGGGACAUCCAGUCAACCCACAGCACCAGCUCAUGCUUCGAGAUGACCACCAGAUUCCAAUGGGCGUGCACCACCGAGAGAUACCAGGUGGCCCCCUCUUGAACGAGCCUCAAUCAUCCCAUUUCCGGCCAGCGCGCCGGCCAAGCUCUGAAGAGCAAGCAGUACAGGCCUCCAUCGACGGGUCUCAUUCCGUCAACGGCUCUCCUCGCAGACGUCCUGUCUCAGCAGCCUCAGGGCGAGUCAAGAAGCGACCAGCCAAGGCCCGGGGAAGAAACACCAUGCCAGAUGACCCCCUCGAAGAACACAAGAACUGCUUCGGACAGGAGGUCCCCCCAACCCUGAAAAGCACCUGCCCCGACGAAGAGCGUUGUAUAUUUGAAUCCCGCUGGAAACACCGCCACCAGAAAGGCCAGGACAUGUGGGAAAGCAUCCAACGCGACUUCAAGAACAAGUUCAACAAGUGCCCAGGAAAGGAGAUGUUGCAGAUGAAGUUCAAGCGUGGCCGUGCCAAGUACAUUGAAUGGAUUCCCAAGGAUGAUGAUCUGCUACGCGAAGCCUGGAAGCGAGUCGAGAAGAGUCGCUAUCAAAGCAUGCUCGAAAUCUUCUUUGAGCUGGGGGGCUCCCGCAACAUGCGCCUGAACGCAAGCGACAUCGAGAUCAAAGUGGUCAACGACCUGAACCUUGAAGAGGGGCUAUACAUGGACUUCCACGGGGACGCCAAUAUCCGCCGCCGCCGCAAGUCCACAUCGACAAGAAAGCGAGGCACCGCCCGUGGCGUGGAGGAGACGUUGAGCGACGAGAUGAUGAGCGUCAGCUCGCACAACACGCACGAAGACGACGUAAUCAACCAAGUCCACAGUCGCCGAGACGUCAAGGUAGAAGACGACUUGGGCGCGGGUCCAAACGACUUGAUGGACGUCCAAAUGUGGGAACAGUCGGGCGUGAUGCACCCACGAAAUGAGACCAUGAGUCGCCAGGCAUGCGAGCAGAUGAUGAGGUUGAGCCCAGCGGCUCCACAAUACGGACGACGUCGGGCAUCUUAG